GCUCAGGGAGCGCGAAGCGUGGCGAUCGGCGGUGUGCUGUGUCCCUUGGACACAGUGGAUCACCGAUCACGGAAAGAGCCGAAGAUGUCGGCUCGGUCAUGUGAUCAGCUGUGUCCAAUCACAGCCGAUCACAUGGGACAUGUUCACUGAUCAUUAGGGCACUGAUGAUCAGUGUGCCCUGAUGAUCAGUGUAGCCCUAGCAGUGCCACAGUCAGUGUCCAUCAGUGCCUUGUGUCAGUGUCCAUCAGUGCCUUGUGUCAGUGUCUCAUCAGUGCCUCGUGCCAGUGCCCAUCAGUGCCACAUCAAUGCCACAUAUCAGUGCCUACCAGUGCACAUCAAUGCCACAUAUCAGUGCCCAUCUGAGCUGCCUUUCAGUGUCACCCAUCAG